AUGAAAGGAGGUAAAUAAUAAAAGAACAAAUCAAUCUGGGAUCAAGUCAAAAACGAAGAAAAGGACUUCUAUUUCAACUUUUUGGCUAAAAAAUAAAGGAAUCUCUAGAAGAAACUCAAAGACAUUGCUGACCUUGAAGAAUUACAAAAAACCAAAGAAUUGAAGCAAGAAUAGAUCUAGAAGAUUCAAGGCAAAGAAGAAAACAACGAAAGACUCAAAGAAUUAGAAGGUACUCUCUCGAAUUGGCUCAACGCCAAGAAAGAAGCCGAACAAUAAGGAUCUAUAAUCACCAUUGAAGCAUACAUAAUAAUCCUUCAACAUCUCGCCCAAGAUCCCCAAUUAGUCGCUCUUUUAACCUAAGACCAUGAAUCAACCCACGAACUAGCUAAAAAGUUGUAAUCUAAAAUAGUUGGAUAAUCAGCCAAAACAGAUCAACCAUGGAAAGGAUUGAAAUUUGAAAUCCAUACAUAGGAAUUAGAACAUGAACAUAAACAAACCUAAUAAAUACAUGAAACAGAACACAUUCAACAAUAAUAAGUUCAACAAGUAAUCUAACCUUAAGAAUAACAUGUCUAAUCAAAAUAAACACCAUCAGAGGAAGUAUAAGUUCAAUCAAAACCAAUUGAACAACCUGAAGUCCAAGAAACUGAAGAAAAAUAAUAAUUCAGUGAAUAACAACCAUAGAAUGAACAAAUCUAAGAUGACUAUUCAAAUGAAGCCCAAUAAUCCAACCAAGAUGAAUAAUCUUAAACUAGAGAAGGUUAAAGACAUCAUUAACAUCACGAUGACAGAAGAAAUUACAAGAAGAAUUAUAAUAAUAAUAAUAAUUAUGAUAGAAGAAACAAUUAUGACAGACCAUACAGAGGAAACAAAUAACAUUAUCACAACAGAGACAGAAAUUAUCAAUAAGAACAAAUUUGGGAAGAAAAAGCAGACAGACAACCUCCUUAAAAUUAAGAAGAGUAAUAACAAGAAGAAGAUGAUUACAUAACUGUUAGAAGCAAAAAACCAUAAAAACCAUAGAGAGGAGGAUAGAGAAAUUAUGACAACAGAAACAAUAACAGAAAUUAUGACAACAACCCAUAAAGAAGAUAGAAAAACAAUGAGGAAGUUGAUUAAUGAGAGUAUUUUAAAAUAUAUAUAUAUU